UGCGCUCUGCGGUGCUGGGGUUUCCCUGUGUGUAUCCCACUCUACCCUGGCAACACAAGGAUAGAGAUUGGUGAGUGGGAUAUAGAUAGUUGUAAUCCUGUGGGUGCAUGGGGCUGCGUUCUGCCCAGGACCACAAUUAGUCUCUACCGGGUCUGCUACUGCAUAGGAUCUCCACUGAGACCACCCUGAGCAGUAUGCGAUUCUAGGGCUUUACACUUCCCCGUGGAGAAAACAGUUUGUGCUCUCUAGCACUUCUAGUGGACACAUAUGAAUCUGCAGGCUGAUUUGCUUCCUGUCAGUGUUCUGAAAUUUUCUUUUACACAUGGGAAAUUGUAGUGGAAGUGAUGUCCAGUGUGGCUCCCCGUCACUUCCCCUCUUUGCCUCUGCAAUGUGCUGAUUCGCUGCCUCUGAGCAGUGGAGAUCAGACUGUUCAACACACACAGAUACAAUGUCCUACAGUCAGUAUCACACAUAAUAGGCUGCAGACUGUAUUACAGAUAUUAUGCUCAGAGACACACCUGAGAGCUUGUAGUAUCACACAUAAUAUACUUAGAUACAAUGUCCUACAGUCAGUAUUACACAUGAAAGGCAGCUGGGAGGAGUUGAAGGGAAGAGCACAUCUGUGCUCCCUUUCCUCAGCCAAUCACACACUGAAUUGCUCUCGACUCUCUUUUGGAGACAUUCGGAAAGCUGAAGGGAGGAGCAGAUGCAGAAUUCCAUGGGGCACACAAAUCUUUAGAACACUGGUCGUAGAGGGGGAGCCGAGGUCACACAGAUGGAGUCCCAGGGACUGGUACAGAGCAGCGCAGGUGAGAACUACAGGGCGGGCAGAUUUUGAUGUGUAUUCUCCUCCGGGCUCCACUCGAAAGCGGCACAUCCGUUUCGCGGCUCACCAUGACAUUGUUCUGCUUCGAGAGGUCAUUCACCACAACCCAUUCUGGGUGCGGGAAUUCGGCCAGGUGUGGGCUGCGGUGGCUGAGAGGAUGAGCAGCGCCCUGCAGAGUGAGGGCUUCGAGGUGGACGGCAGGAGGUGCAGGGAGAGGACGGCGCUGCUGCUUGACUACUACAAGAGACAGAACUUCACCAUGCUGCGCAGGGGUGGCACAGAGGCUAUGUAUAUGGAAAAGGAGGAUUUGCUUCAGAAAAUUCUGGAACUGGAGUCUGAGAAAAGAGAAGUUGGCUCGGAUCCACGGCACAGGGACCCUAUAAGAGACACCAUGUCUGUCACUGAGGAGACACCGCGGAGAGCACAAGAGGAGGCUUCUAUCCCACAUGUUGUGGAGUCUAAGCAAGAAGAUAACAACAUGGGACAGAGAUUAGUCAGAAAUCAGGAGUGUGAAGGAUGCUGCAGGGUUUACGCCCGCAUCCUGCAGCACCUGGAGAGGAGAGCAGAAUCAGAGCAGCGCCUGCGGGAGGAGGAGCUGGCACUUCGGCGCGAGGAGCUGCAGCUGCAGAGAGAGCGUGCCGCCCUGGAGAGAGAGAGGCAGGAGGCUGAGCGCAAGGAAAGGGAGAGACGGUUUGAGCUAGAAAGAGAGGAGAGGCAAGUUAUAUUGGAGAUACUACGAGAGAAGAUGAUAAAGUGACAGAGCCUGCAGAACAUGCAGCGGGUGUGGGGCAUUCAUAUGUACUACAAAAAUAGACAGUGAAUAGAAGAUCCGCUGGGAUGGACAGGAAGGUCAUAUAAUUCACUGGACUUGGUAAAAAGGGAAUACAUGAGACAUAAUGAAUAAUGGCAAAGGAAAGUGCAAGACACACGAGGCAGAGAGGUGAAAUUCAGGUGCCCAGAUAAAUGCCAAGUUGAGGGAGACUUUGAUCGCUGUUAUCAGUUGUUGUGCCAGGAACAGUUUAAAGGAAGCGCCAACAAGAAUUCACAUUCUCUAAAUAAUUUGUAUGGGGACCUUCUACCAGUCCUGGCUGAGUGUUUGAGAUGGCUACUCUGCAAUAUUAUAGAAAAUGUAAAUAGUGUACAGACUGUAUAUUAUGUGUAGCACCAUAUUAAACAUUUAUUUUCGGGAUAUGUUUACCCUUAAUAAAGAGAUUACUUUUUUUUUCUUUUACAAUUGCUUGUUCUGUUCUAUCUUUCUAAUAUCUGGUCACCAGCAAGUUUGCACAGCAUAAAGAUAGUAGCUGAUCCUAGUAAAAGUAAUAUUUCUCUUUUCGUUUGGAUUCAUUUUGAAAUGCAACAAAAUAAAUACAACUGCACUGUUGGAAUCCAGGCCAUGACCCCUGGGACCAAUAUACAUCCUGUGACAUUUCUAUGCUCUGGUUGGACACCAAGUACGUAUUUAGGCACAUGUAAGCCAAGUCAUUAGGUUUCCACCUCUGUACAGAUUGGCAAUAAGUUUCACGAUAGAUUAGGAUGAAGGUCAGGCAUUUUAGACCAAGGUCCCUGGUAUAUCACAUGCAAAAAAAGGAGUAUAUGCACUCACCGCAGGAAAACCAUCACCACGUCCGGGAUCACGAGAGCAGGUCUCGAUGGUGUGGAGCGCUCAAAGGCAACGCCAGCUGUUUCAUACGAUAGAAGGCCUCGAGGCUGGAAGAAGUACGUUCUAUCGUACGAAACAGCUGGCGUUGCCUUUUACUUCGAUACUUCAGCU